UACAUGGCCAGAUGAAAUCACUGCUGUUAGCGAAAUGAUGUGGAUAUCACUUAAACGUGAGCGCAUAAAGUAAAGCGUAAAGAGGAAACAACAGCUGCAACACUCAAAAUGCUUAUCAGAAUGCAAAACCUUAUUCUUAUGUUCUUCUCUGCAAUGUCUGCGCAGAUGACACGCCAACGUCCAGACGCCAUGACAGUUUGUGACGUCACUUCCGUAAACUCAUCUUUCUUGGUCGACUGCAGUUCAAGGAAUCUGUCCGAGGUUCCCGUUAACUUUCCCACGAAUACGUCUUUCAUCAACCUUCGCAAAAACAAAUUCUCAACAAUCUUGAACAACUCUUUUCAAGAACUUUCCUCAGUGAGGGUUUUGAACCUUUCAGACAAUCACAUCUCUCUACUGGAGGCCAAUGCUUUCACAGGCCUACCAAACCUGGAAGAACUGUAUCUACAGUUGAACGCCCUAAAACUUAACUACUCAUCAUAUCCACCAGGAAUAUUCAACCCUCUCAAGAAGUUACAAACUCUCCGAAUGGAAUACAAUGAUCUGAGUGAAAAUGGAAGUUAUCCUGAUAUGAUAUUCAAGCCUCUGGUAACGUUAAAGGAACUGUCAAUUGAUACCAUGAAAAAUCCUGUAUUUGAUGGUGGCUUUACCUCUCUUCGUGUGCUAGAAUCUCUUCAGUUCAGCGGAACGUUGAACGGCCCAACGUGCCUCUUACAGGUCAUUCGAAACAACACGUUCAGCGUAUUCCCAGGCUUGAAGAGGCUGAAUCUGAGAUGGUGCGCACUGAGAGAUGUCCACAAGGAUGCUUUCAAGUAUUUGGAAUUUCUGGAAAUGUUAUACUUGUCUCAUAAUGGCGAUUUUGGUGUCGUAAACGCCGUGGAAAGUUUACAAAGCUUGACAAACAAAAAUAUGACGUUUAUAGAUAUUUCGAAUGUUCUGAAGUCCUAUACGCGUCCGUGGAAUGAUAAGCUUAAUGAUAGCAUACUGACGUGGCAUAAACUGCAAGCACUUGGGAACAUAUGCGUUAAGGAGUUAAAGCUAUCGAAUAACGAUAUUUUGGUGAUCGAUAUAGGCGACUUAGCAUUGUCAACAUUUUCGACAUGUGUUGAAAAAAUCGAUGUCAGCGGGAACCGGGUUGCCGAAAUUCCAAAUCUGAGGAUGAUCAGAAAGUUUCGAAAAUUGGUAAAUCUUGAUAUUUCAAAUCAGAAAUUGCAGGGGGUGACAGGUAAAUCAUAUGGUGUCAACGUACGACCUGGAACUCAUAAAAUUGAGUCACCAUUUCCUUUCCUGUAUAUUACUCUUCCGUAUAAACUGAAAGCAUUAAACUCAAGCCAUUUCCCAUGGAAGUUGGUCACACUGUUCUACCAUGUCCACUUCACCAAUGCCAGGUACCUUAAAGAACUGAAUAUAUCUAGGAUUGGUAUAAAGUUUUUCCCCACCGUGACCGUAACCGGUUUGCCUGCUCUGGAGGUUCUAGAUGUAUCCGAUAAUACUUUCAUAGGUUUUAAGUUCAUGGGAACAGUUUUUGAACCUUUACGACAUUUAGAAAAGGUUUACAUGGACGCUGUGCUUUUGGAUGGGGAGGCAGAUGUCCCCCGUCAGUUUGACUGGAUAACAUCGGUCUUUAAACAUUUGACAGAGUUUUCUUUUGCCAGGAACAGGAUAGCAUCUCUUAAUCGCACAAUUUUCAAAAGCUUUGAUAAUUUAACAAAAUUGCGCUUGUCACAAAAUGAGUUCAAGGACUUCCCCUUUGACAUAAGAACCACAACAAAUCUUCAGGAAAUAGAUUUGCAAUAUAAUGCAAUCAGUCAAAUAGACCCCCAAACAUGCAAUCAUUUAGAUUUGCACCUGUCGAGUGUAGGGCGAUUGAUUCUGAAACUAAAUGGGAACAUGAUGUCAUGCGGAUGCAGAACACUUGAAUUUGUACAAUGGCUCUCCGAGACACAUGUGACUUUAGACAGGGGAGGUAAUUACACAUGCAUCGGUGAAGAUGGCGCCAUAUUGUCAACAAAGGACAUCAACCUGAAACAAUUCUGGCGGAGAUGUGUAGGGAGGUUCUGGUUAUACCUGACUCUGAGUACUUAUCUUAUUUUUGUAGUAAGCGUGUUAGUCUUCCUUUUAGUGAAACGUAACAAAACAAGAAUUAUGUAUUGGUUUUUCCGGCGGUUUGGUUUGAACGUGCGUAUGCCGACCCGUGGCGACUUCGUGUACGACGUGAAUGUCAUGCACGCCGACGUCGAAUACAGAUGGGCCUGGUACACUUUACGACAACGACUGGAGAUUGAGAAAGGUUUUCGACUUCUGCUCCCUGACCGCGAUAUAAUCCCAGGGGUGGAUAAAGCGGACGCGAUAAUACAGAGCGUCCAUAACUCAUGGAAGACAAUUCUGUACUUGACACCAGCGUUUCUUCAAGAAGACCUGGCCUACUUCAGUCUCUGCGCAGCAGCCUUUUCUGUCUCUGACGUCAUGGCUGGCAGGUUGUUGUUACUGGUGCCGCUGACCGACGACGGUGACUAUCCCUGCAUACCACAAGUGCUACUUAACUCCGUCAGGGAGUGUAAUAUUGUGUGGCUGCAAGAUUCUGACCUGGAAGAAAAAUCCUUCUGGAACAAAAUAGAAACACUACUGCUUGAAAACUGAAGUCAUGAUAUUAUAACAUAUUUGUUUUGCUGGACGUUCAAUUCUGUUGUUCAGUGCCGCGAUUUGGUUGGUUGGUUGGUUUGUUGUUUAACGCCGCACUCAGCAAUAUUACGGCUAUAUGACGGCGGUCUGUAAAUAAUCGAGU